AGAGAUUGUUUCAGACAGCUGACUCUGGCCUCUCCUGGUCAACAGCAUGAUCAAGACGCCCAGUGACCAUCUGCUGGACUCCUUAGAGGAGCUGGGAGACAAUGACUUUGAGAAGUUCAAGUUUAAGCUGAGCAUCAGCCUGGAGAAGGAUCACUCCCGGAUCCCCCGGGGCCAGCUCCACAAUGCCAACCCCGUGAAGCUGGCCACUCUGAUGAUCACCCACUAUGGGGAAGAGAAUGCUGCGAGGCUGACCCUGCAAGUCCUGAGGGCCAUGAACCAGAAUCUCCUGGCAGAGGAGCUUAACAGGGUAAUUGGCCCAGAGCUUCUGAUACAAGCAAGUGGCACUGACGGUUCAGCAAUGUCUUGUUCCUCCGGGGAGAAUAAGCCCAAAGGUCUGAAGAUACCAGAUGGCCUGAAAGGUGACAGGCAGCGGCAAAAUGGUGAUGGGGCCCCUGGCCUGCCAUCCAGCCAGCAGGAGGCUGGAAGGGGGCCCCAGAAGAAGCCUCCGGGCAAACAGAGAGAUCAGAAGAGUUCUGAGGGCCUGGAUAUGCUGCACAAGUCAAGGCCCAGGAGCAUGACUCUGGGUGCCAGGAGAAGCCCACUCCCUAGCAAACCACAGGGGGAGAAGGGGAGUCCUAGUGCCAGGCUACCCAGGAAUGCCAACUCUUUAGGACGGCUCCAAGAACUUGACUCUGGGUUGCUUACUGGGUCCCUAGGAAGAAUAAAACCCAAGAUCUCUGAAGGACAUUUACCUUCAGGACAGAAGCGACCCAGAAGUCUUGAACUUAACAUUUUUCUGGGAGAGAGAGAAACUCCCAAACCAGAAACUCUUCUCUCUCAAGAUAAAACGAGAAGUGAUCAUCCAGACUCAGCAGCCGCCCCCAGUGAAGUGGCCACUCUGGAUGUAGGUGCUACCGUGGCUCCAGAGAAAGGCUCCAGGAAUCCAGAACAUUCCAUGAUUUCAAAGGGGGGAAUAUUCAGGAAUACACUUUCCAGUGCAUCACUGUCUGGAGACCAGAUGACCUGGGAGCAGCCAGAAUCCACAGGACCCUCGAAGAAAAAUGGAAUUGAGGCUCAAGAACCCCCUGAGGCCUUGAGGGAGAUGGUAGGCAGUGAGCUCCAUUACUCUUCAGGUCCAGAAGUCCCUUCUUCAGGAAAUUCUUCCACUGCCAUGUCUCCAGGGAAGCCACAGGAUGAGGCUGUAUAUCCCCCUGGCCGUGCCCAGGAAAGAGAUGACUCCUGCAGAUACUCCAUUGCUUCUAGGGACCCCAAGAUCUCAGGCAAAUGCUCAUCCAGCAGCCUCCUGCGCCUGGCCUCACUCACAGUAAAUAACUCGGAAGACUACAAGCAGCAAGAAGGCUUGCACAUGGCCACUUUGAGCCCCAAGUCCCUACCACAGUGUGAGCGACACAUGAAGCAGGUCCAGCUGCUCUUUUGUGAGGACCACAGGGAGCCUAUCUGUCUCAUCUGCAGUUUGAGUCAGGAGCAUCGAGGCCACCAGGUGCGCCCCAUCGAGGAGGCUGCCCUGGAAUACAAGGAGCAAAUUCAAAAGCAGCUGGAGCAUCUGAAGGCGUUGAGAAAAUCUGGGGAGGAACAGAGAUCUCAGGGGGAUAAGAAGACUGCAAAAUUGCUGAAACAAACUGAAACCCAGAAGCAGAGACUCCGGCACCAGUUGGAGCAGCUGUACCGUCAUUUGCAGCAGCAAGAGAAGCUCUUUGUGGCCUCAUUAGAGGAUCUGAGCCGGACUAUUGGCCAGGUCAGGGAGAAAUACAGCACCCAAGUGUCCAGAGACAUUGCGCAUCUUGACAAGCUGAUUGGGGACCUGGAGGCCAAGCAGUGCCAGCCGGAAUGGGAGCUCAUGCAGGACAUCGGAGUCACCCUGCACAGGGUCAAGAUAGCGACUGUUCCUAAGCCAUGGUACACUCCUCCAGAGGUGGAGAAAAAGAUCCACUUGAUCUACCAGAAAUCAGAGUUUAUGGAGAAGAGCAUGAAGUCUUUCUGGGAAACCCUGCGUUCAGAAAUGGACACCUUCAAUGUUCCAGAACUGAUAUGCGCUCAGGCACAUGCUGUUAAUGUGAUUCUGGAUACAGAAACUGCCCACCCUAACCUCAUCUUCUCUAAUAACCUGAAGAGCGUAAGACUUGGAAACAAGUGGAAUCGUCUGCCUGACAAUCCAGAAAGAUUUGAUAGUUGCACCAUCGCCCUAGGCCUUCCAAGCUUCCUCUCUGGCCGCCAUUACUGGGAAGUGGAGGUGGGGAACAAAACAGGGUGGAUCCUGGGCAUCUGCAAGGCAUCUGCAAGCAGGAAAGGGACCAUGACGCUGUCAGCCAACAACGGCUACUGGGUGGUGAUGAUGAUGAAGCGAAAUGAGUACCAGGUGUCCACCAUUCCCCCAACACGCCUGCAGAUAAGGGAAGCCCCCAGACGUGUGGGCAUCUUCCUGGACUACAUGGCUGGAGACAUUUCCUUUUACAAUGUAACAUACAAAUCCCUCAUCUACACAUUCACCAGCUUCUCUUUUUCUGGGGCCCUUCAGCCUAUGUUCAGCCCGGGAAUACAUGAUGGAGGGAAGAACAUGGAUCCUCUGACCAUCUGUCCCAUGGCUGACCAGAGGCCUCAAUGAAUGCCCAGCACUUCGCAUCUCUCUUCCAGCUCCCAGCCUUGUAUCUUGAAUCUGUACACUCAACUGUCAUUAUUGAAUGCCUACUGGGUUCCAGCUGCUGUGGUAACAUAACAAGAGAAGAGUGCCUGUGCCCAAAGAGCCUAUGGAAUGGGAGCAGAAAUAAGCUGAGAACCCAAAUAUUGGUAAACAAAGGGUGAAGAAAACAUGUACUGAUGACACCUAAGAGGAAGAAGUACAUGGCUGUAGCUUAAUAAAUCCUUGUAUGAAUUAGCACCCUGAGAUGUCACUAAGACAGAGAGCUCACCCCCUUUUAGCCCCAGAGCUCUAUGGCAAGGAUGUGUCCCCUUAUUCUAUCCUCCUAUCCUCUUCCUUGAGGACUUGGAAAGCUGAGAAACAAAACAAGCAGACUGGACUGUUAUAUUUUUGUACCUGGAUUAAUGAACUACAGAUUUUAAGAAUAUUGGCUAGGCCUCGUAAAUAAAUCAAUUAUAAAACUUGGUCAUAA